GGGUUUGCAGCAUGUAAAUCAGAGGUCAGUGGGUGGGGCCGAGGUGCUCUCCGGAGCAUAAAUAAAGGCUGAGCUGAGCUGGCACAGGAGGAAGCUUGGACGCAUCAAGGCCCCCUGGUUUGCACAGACAGGUUUGCCAUGGAGAAGAUUUCAGUGUCAACAUUCUUGCUCCUUGUGGCCCUCUCCUACACCCUGGCCAAAGACACCACAGUCAAACCAGGAGCUAAGAAGGACACCAAGGACACAAAGGUUCCUCCACCCAAACUGCCCCAGACCCUCUCCAGAGGCUGGGGUGAUCAGCUCAUCUGGACUCAGACAUAUGAGGAAGCUUUGUACAAAUCCAAGACAAGCAACAAACCCUUGAUGAUUAUUCAUCACCUGGAUGAAUGCCCACACAGUCAAGCUUUAAAGAAAGUGUUUGCUGAAAAUAAAGAAAUUCAGAAAUUGGCAGAGCAGUUCGUCCUCAUCAAUCUAGUCUAUGAAACAACUGACAAGCACCUUUCUCCUGACGGCCAGUAUGUCCCCAGGAUCAUGUUUAUUGACCCAUCCCUGACCGUGAGAGCCGACAUCACUGGACGCUACUCAAAUCGUCUCUACGCUUAUGAACCUUCGGACACAGCUCUGCUUGUUGACAACAUGAAGAAAGCACUCAAGUUGCUGAAGACUGAAUUGUAGAG